AUGAAAAAAACAGAAGUAAACAGUGAUGGAAAUUCAAUAUCAUCUGUAUUAACUUUCGAUGAACUGAAGAAGAAAAAUGUAACUGGAAAGAAUCUAAUGGAAUGGUCAAGUCCGAUUGAUCUUAUUGAACGAUACGAGCAUUUUUUGCAAAUGAACAAAUAUUCAUCGAACGAAGUAUUUUAUAAUUGUACUCGACCAUGGUUUGGAUCGCUCUGUCAAUAUAAAUUCAUUGAAGAUCAACCAUUUCCAAAGAUGAUCGAAACAAUAGAUAAUUGGAAUGAUCAGAUUCUAUAUGUAAAUGCGACUUUUACUUGUUAUAUGCAUUUGAAAUGCAAUCGUGGUUCACCUUAUAUUUGUCUCGAUUGGCGUGAAAUAUGCGAUGGAAAAGUGGAUUGUUUCGAUGGUGGAGAAGAUGAAAAAUAUUGUCUCGAACUUGAACUAAAUACAUGCGAAGACAACGAAUAUCAAUGUCGAAAUGGAAUGUGUAUCAAUAAAGUGUUUCUGUUAGAUGAAGUGUAUGAUUUAAUUAGUCCAGAGUGUUUAGAUAGAUCCGAUGAAUACUUAAACAAGGAUGGUGGUAUAUGUAAGUUUAUUCCACUUUUUAAAUGCGAAGAUAUCAUGUCUCGAUCCAGCUCUCAUUUUACUUGUGGAGAUGGCAAUUAUCUCUGGGACUAUAUACCACGCAGGAGAUCUGGGUGUAAAAAUAAGCGAGAUCAGGUAUGGAACUUUUUAAUCGGUUGGCACAAUAAUAAAGAUACACGAUUUCCUCGCUGUUUCAAGAUUCUCAUCUGUACAUCACUUAUAUUUUCAUCGGAUCAAUUCGAUGAGUAUUGCAAACAUUUAUGUGAGAAUAUGAAAGAAUGUAAAAUACAAAUUGUUCACUCGUGUCCAGCUGCAUUUAUUGCACCUUCUAUACCUGUGUCGGGUGAUCAUAUUCGAUUAGGCUACUUUUCUAAUCAAACAUUUAAUAAUCGUGUUGACGCCACACCUAUGUUUAUAUGCUAUGAUCAAAAACGUUGUCCAUUUCUCUUACCAACAUUAAUAGUGGAAAAUUAUACAUGCAUACAUAUAAAUGCUUUGAACUUGUCAUCGAACUCGAAGCUGUACGAGCCAUUUGUUUUAUGUAAUCAAUUGUUUGAAAGUGUAAAUGACACCCACUGUUCAAAUCCGACAAUGUUACGUUGUCUGGGAACAAAUAAAUGUAUUUCUAAGCGUCGAAUUAUGGAUGGCAUUUCGGAUUGCUAUGGCAAUUUCGAUGAGUCAAUUUCAGCUAAUUCAUGUGCAUUGAAUGAUACAGAUCGCUUUCAAUGUACAUCGGAACAAAAAUGUCUUCGACCUAUUCUCAAGGGAGAUGGGCAUGCACAGUGUAUGGGAAAAGAGGAUGAAUUUGCUCUGGAUGGUAUCAUAACUGAUAUAUAUGAACUUCCUUUUUCUGCCAUUUGUGACAAUUGGACUGAUAUAUCCAGUUUAACAAAUGAAACUGAUGAAACUCAUUGUGAAGAAUGGCAAUGUGUAAAUCAAUAUACACGAUGUAAUAAAGUGUGGAAUUGUCCAAAAGGCAUCGAUGAAAUCAACUGUUCAUCAAGUUCUAUGUGUCCUGCAGAUCAUCAUCCUUGUGUCUUUGAAAAGAAUCGAACAAUGGAUUGUUUACAUAUAAGUCAUGCCGAAGAUGGAAUUGUCGAUUGUCUUGGAGCAACUGAUGAGAGAUCUUAUUGUAAAUCACAAAAUCCGAAAGAUGAUUUCAAUAGUUAUCGCUGCUGGAAUGACACAAAAUGUGUUCAAGUUUCCAAUCGUUGUGUAAGUUGUAAUAAAUCUACCGAUAUCGAUCAAUUAUGUGGUCAUUUUCAUUCGAAAAUUAUAACCUAUUUAGAAUCCGCACGAAACAUUCUCUUUCACAAUAAAACAUCGUUCUCUCAUAAAUCUUCACUUAGUUUUCCUUCGUUGAAAUUACCAUCAAUUGCUCAAAAUCAUACGCAAUACCAUAUAAUGGACAAUAUGAAAAUCGAUACUCGUGUAUAUCAAAAUGAUCCUCGUGCACUGUUAUGCCAUCAAGGUGUUGUAAUUCUUGCUGAUAAAGAUGAAAGAGUACAUUGUCUCUGUUCAUCACAUUAUUAUGGGAAUUUUUGUCAAUAUCAAAAUCAACGUCUUACACUUACUAUUCGAAUACGUCAAGAAAGCUUAGAAAAAUUUCAUGUGAUUGGCAUUGUUAUUAGACUUGUUGAUCAUACUGGUCUUAUUCAUUCAUAUGAACAAAUUACAUAUCUUCCUUUGAUUAAUUGUGAUGCGAAAUACAAUUUACAUCUUCUUUAUCAAGAUCGACCGAAGAACAUGUCAAAGAAUUAUUCACUCUAUAUCGAUGCAUACAAUAAAAGAAAUCUCACUUAUAUUACCAGUUGGAUAUUUCCCGUUCAAUUUCUUUUUAUGCCUGUUAAUCGUAUGAGUGCUUUGCUCACAAUUCCAGCAGAUCAAGACUGUCGUCUAUUAUGUAGCGACAAAUAUCUCGAAUCGUUAAGAAAUAUUAACACUGAUUCGUGUCAAUGUCACUCAGAUCAAACAAAUUCGAUUCAGUAUAAAUGUAACUGUUCACCAGACUCGAUCUGUGUUGGUUUUAUCAAUAAUCGAUCAAUUUGUCUUUGUUCUUUGGCAAAAGUUGGUCCUCGAUGUUAUCUGAAUUCAAUUUGUCAAAUGAAUACAUGUGAGAAUAAAGGUAUUUGUGUACCAUCUGAUCCUCGACAGUCGUUGGCUAACUUUACCUGUGUCUGUCCAGAGGGAUUUUCUGGGGAAAAUUGUAAAGAGAAAGACGUACAAAUCGAUAUGUCAUUUUCUGAUGUAGAACCUACCGGAUCUCUAUUGAUUCACUUCAUCAAAGUGAUAAAACUCAUAGAAAUGAGCAAAGAUCAAGCACCAACUCGAAUAACUAUUUUUAAAAAAAUUCAAUUUUAUCAAAAGAUAAUUACAUUUUAUAUGGCAUUGGAAUUUCAUCUUGUCUUCCUUCAACUUGAGAAUGUUUAUUAUUUGAUUGUACUUCAACAUGAACAUACACCUUCAAUUGUUAUUUCUACACAAAUCUCUU